UCCCAGCCCGGUAGCGGCGGCUCCGCGGCUGCCAUGGAGCCUGCGGGCCUGGAGCGGAUCCUGCGGGAGCUGCUGCUCCCGGACACCAACCGCAUCCGCCAGGCCACCGAGCAGCUCCGCGGCGCGCUGCGCGACCCCGCCGCCCUGCCGGCCCUGCGCGACCUGCUGGCCUCGGGGUCCGCGCCGCAGAUCCGCCAGUUCGCAGCCGUGCUGAUCCGCCGGCGGCUCCACACCCGCUGGCGAAGCCUGGCCGCCGAGCAGCGCGAGAGCCUCAAGUCCGCGGUCCUAAUCGCCCUGCAGAAAGAGACCGAGCACUUUGUGAGCCUCAGUCUGGCCCAGCUCGCGGCUGCCAUUUUUCGGAAAGAAGGCCUGGAGGCCUGGCCCGAGCUCAUGCAGCUUCUCCAGCACAGCACCUGCAGCCCCCAUGGCCCCGAGAGAGAGAUGGGGCUUUUGCUGCUCAGUGUGGUGGUGACCUCCCAGCCCCAGGCCUUCCAACCCCACCAUCGGGAGCUCCUCCGGCUUCUGAAUGACACUCUGGGAGAAGUGGGCUCUCCGGGGCUGCUCUUCUACUCCCUGCGUACUCUAACCUCCCUGGCCCCCUGCCUCCACAUGGAUGACUUGUCUCUUGCACGGAUGCUGGUGCCUAAGCUCAUUGUGGCUGUGAAGACUCUGAUCCCCAUCGACGAGGCCAAGGCCUGCGAGGCCCUGGAGGCUCUGGAUGAGCUGCUGGAGUCGGAGGUUCCCGUCGUCACCCCCCACCUCUCUGAGGUCCUCGCGUUCUGCCUGGAGGUGGCUAAAAACGUGGCCCUGGGUGACGCCGUCCGUGUGCGCAUUCUCUGCUGCCUCACUUUCCUGGUCAAAGUGAAGAGCAAGGCCAUACUGAAGAACCGGCUGCUGCCUCCCCUGCUGGAAACGCUUUUCCCCAUCAUGGGCGCCGAGCCACCCCUAGGCCAGCUGGACCCCGAAGACCAGGAUUCUGAAGACGAGUUGGAGAUGGGGCUGGUGGGGGAGACCCCCAAGCACUUCGCUGUGCAGGUGGUGGACAUGCUGGCCCUGCACCUUCCCCCUGAAAAGCUCUGUCCCCAGCUGAUGCCCAGGCUGGAAGAGGCCUUGCGGAGUGAGAACCCGUACUGGCGCAAGGCGGGGCUCCUGGUGCUCGCCGUGCUGUCCGACGGAGCUGGGGACCACAUCAGGCAGAGACUGCUGUCCCCGCUGCUGCAGGUGGUGUGCCGGAGCCUGGGCGACGCCUCCCAGGUGGUGCGCAACGCCGCCCUCUUCGCCCUCGGCCAGUUCUCCGAGAACCUUCAGCCCCACAUCUGCGCGCACGCGGGGGAGGUGAUGCCGCUGCUCCUCGCCUACCUGAAGUCCGUGCCCCCCGGACACACGCAGCACCUCGCCAAGGCCUGCUACGCCCUGGAGAACUUCGUGGAGAACCUGGGGCCCAAGGUGCAGCCCUACCUCCCCGAGCUGAUGGAGUGCGUGCUGCAGCCCCUGCGCGGCCCCGGCUCCCCGCGCGCCAAGGAGCUGGCCGUCAGCGCCCUGGGGGCCGUCGCCGCCGCCGCGCAGGCCGCCCUGCUGCCUUACUUCCCCACGGUCAUGGACCAUCUUCGGGAAUUCCUGUUGACGGGCCACGAAGACCUCCAGCCCGUGCGCAUCCAGAGCCUGGAGACUCUGGGGGUGCUGGUGCGCGCGGUGGGGGAGCCCAUGCGGCCCCUGGCUGAGGAGUGCUGCCAGCUGGGGCUGGGCUUGUGCGACCAGGUGGACGACCCCGACUUGCGGCGCUGCGCGUACAGCCUGCUGGCGGCUCUGUCAGGACUGAUGGGCGAGGCGCUGGCCCCGUACCUGCCCCAGAUCACCAGCCUCAUGCUGCUGUCCCUGCGCUCCACCGAGGGCCUGGUGCCCCAGUACGACGCGAGCAGCUCCUUCCUGCUGUUCGACGACGAGAGCGAGGAGGAGGAGGAGGAGGAGGAGGACGAGGUGCUCAUGGAGGAGGACGCGGAGGAGGAGGAGGAGGACUCCGAGGUCUCGGGGUACAGCGUGGAGAACGCCUUCUUCGACGAGAAGGAGGACGCGUGCGCGGCCCUGGGCGAGAUCUCGGUGAACACCAGCGUGGCCUUCCUUCCCUACAUGGAGAGCGCCUUUGAAGAAGUACAGAGACUCCUGGAGUGUCCUCACCUCAACGUGCGGAAGGCCGCCCACGAGGCCCUGGGGCAGUUCUGCUGCGCGCUGCACAAGGCCUGUCAGAGCUGCCCUUCCCAGCCCAACACCGCCGCCCUGCAGGCCGCCCUGGCCAGGGUGGUGCCCUCGUACAUGAAGGCGCUGAAGGGCGAGCGAGAGCGUCAGGUGGUGAUGGCCGUGCUGGAGGCGCUCACGGGCGUGCUGCGCCGCUGCGGGCCCCUCACGCUGCAGCCCCCCGGCUGCCUGGCGGAGCUCUGCAGCCUGCUCAAGGCCGUGCUGCAGCGGAAGACGGCCUGCCAGGACCCAGACGACGACGACGAUGACGAUGACGACCAGGCGGAAUACGACGCCAUGCUGCUGGAGCACGCCGGGGAGGCCAUCCCCGCGCUGGCGGCCGCGGCCGGGGGUGACGCCUUCGCGCCCUUCUUUGCUGGCUUCUUGCCCUUGUUGCUCUGUAAGACGAAGCAGGGCUGCACGGUGGCCGAGAAGUCCUUCGCCGUGGGCACCCUGGCCGAGUGCAUCCAGGGCCUGGGCGCGGCGUCGGGCCCGUUCGUGUCGCGCCUGCUGCCGGCGCUGCUGGGCGCGGCCCGCGAGGCCGACCCCGAGGUGCGCAGCAACGCCGUGUUCGGGCUGGGCGUGCUCGCGGAGCACGGGGGCCGCGCGGCCCACGACCAUUUCCCGAAGCUCCUGGGCCUCCUGCUGCCCCUCCUGGCCCGGGAGCGGCACGACCGCGUCCGCGACAAUGUCUGCGGUGCCCUCGCCCGCCUGCUCAUGGCCAGCCCGGCCAGGAAAGCGGAGCCCCAGGUGCUGGCCGCCCUGCUGCACGCCCUGCCGCUGAGGGAGGACGUGGAGGAGUGGGUCACCGUGGGCCGCCUCUUCAGCUUCCUGCACCAGAGCAGCCCUGAGCAGGCGGUAGAUGUGGCCCCUGAGCUGCUGCGCAUCUGCAGUGUCAUCGUGGCGGACAACAAGACCCCCUCAGACACCAAGGCCGCGCUGCUGCUGCUCCUGACGUUCCUGGCCAAACAGCACGCCGACAGCUUCCACACGGCGCUGGGCUCCCUGCCCGCCGACAAGGCUCAGGAGCUGCAGGCCGUGCUGGGCCUCACGUAGACCAGGGCGCACCGGGCCCGAGACGCCGCAGCCCGGCUCCCGCUCCCCCCGACCAAAGAUUGGCGUGGACUCGGCCCCACCGCUGCCUUGGGGGCUCCCGCGGCGCUGCCGCGGCGCGCUGGCCGUAAUAAAGACAGUUUGUUUUCUG